CCUAAUUCUUAAACUUAAAUGUUAUUUAUGGGCUUAAUUGCAAGUUUGGUCACUCGAAUUGCUACAAAAUUUCACGUUUGCCGCUGAAAUUAGUUUAUUCUAUUCAUGGUCACUAAAAUUAGUUCAACAAUUCAAGUUUGGUCACUCUCCGUUAGUCUCCGUUAACUUUCGCUGAUGUGGCAGUCAACUCUGAUCUUUGACCGUUAAAUGUGUGACAUGGCAAUUAAAAAAUUAUAAAAAAUAAUAUUUAAUAUUUUUAUAAUUUCCACCUCAUUUUCAAAACUAUUAAAAAAUAAAAAAUAAAAUUGUUUUUUCCUCUGGUCGGCGCCGGCGACCAAGCUGCACCAUUCCCCCACCGUCUCUCCACCUGCAAAUCUUUCAUCGUUCCCCCAAAACCCCCCAAAACACCAAGAAACCCCAAGAAUCCAAAUCAAGUUGCCGCCACAAUGUACCGAGUCGCGAAAGCGUCGGAGUACCUGGUGAUCACCGGCGUCGGGAUCAAGGACAUCAAGCUCGCCAAGAAGUCAUGGAUCUUCCCCGGCCAAUCCUGCACCAAGUUCGACAUCUCCCCGGUCAACUACACCUUCGAGGUCCAGGCCAUGUCCGCCGAGAAGCUCCCCUUCAUCCUCCCUGCCGUCUUCACGAUCAGCCCGCGCUACGACGACGACGACGACCUGCUCAAGUACGCGAAGCUGAUCUGCCCCCACGACAAGCACUCCCAGCACGUGAACCAGCUGGUGCAGGGCGUAAUCGAAGGCGAGACCCGCGUCCUCGCCGCCUCCAUGACCAUGGAGGAGAUCUUCAAGGGGACCAAGGAGUUCAAGCACGAGGUCUUCGGCAAGGUCCAGCUCGAGCUCAACCAGUUCGGCCUUUACAUCUACAACGCCAACGUCAAGCAGCUCGUCGACGUCCGCGGCCACGAGUACUUCUCUUACCUAGGUCAGAAGACGCAGAUGGAGGCCGCCAAUCAGGCCAAGGUCGACGUCGCCGAGGCCAGGAUGAAGGGGGAAAUUGGGGCUAAGGACCGAGACGGGCUCACGAAGCAGAACGCGGCCAAGAUCGACGCGGAGACGAAGAUUAUUGCGAUUCAGAGGGAGGGGGAAGGUAAGAAGGAGGAGAUCAAUGUGAAGGCCAAGGUCAAGAUCUACGAGAAUCUGAGGGAGGCAUAAGUCGCCGAGGCGAACGCCGAGUUGGCUCAGAAGAAGGCCGGUUGGACUCAGGCUUCCCGAGUCGCGGAGGUUGAAUCGGAGAAGGCGGUGGAAAUUAUUUUUUAAUUAUUGUGACAUUUUUAAUUAUUUUUUAAUUUAUUGUAAUAAUGAGGUGGAAAUUAUUAAAAAUUAUUUUUUAAAAUUUUUUAAUUGUCACGUCAUGUAUUUAACGGUCAACUAUAAGAGUUGAUCGCCACAUCAGCAAAAGUUAAUGGAGACUAACGGCUAGUGACCAAACUUGGACGGUUAACCUAAUUUAAGUGACUAUAAAUGGAAUAAAUUAAUUUGAGUGGC